AUGGCACCCAAGAAGGCCAAGAGGAGGGCAGCAGCAGAGGGUGGGAGCUCCAAUGUCUUCUCAAUGUUCGACCAGACUCAGAUCCAGGAGUUCAAGGAGGCCUUCACAGUCAUUGACCAGAACCGUGAUGGCAUUAUUGACAAGGAAGACCUGCGGGACACCUUCGCAGCCAUGGGGCGCCUCAAUGUGAAGAAUGAGGAGCUCGAUGAAAUGAUGAAGGAAGCCAGCGGUCCCAUCAAUUUCACCGUCUUCCUGACUAUGUUCGGAGAGAAGCUCAAAGGUGCUGACCCCGAGGAUGUGAUCACUGGAGCCUUCAAGGUCCUGGACCCUGAAGGGAAGGGUGUUAUCAAGAAGCAGUUCCUGGAGGAGCUACUUACCACCCAAUGUGACCGCUUCUCCCAGGAAGAGAUCAAGAACAUGUGGGCUGCCUUCCCUCCCGAUGUGACCGGCAUGGUAGACUACAAGAAUAUCUGCUACGUCAUCACACAUGGCGAUGCCAAGGACCAGGAGUAG